UUAACCCCCAUUAUAACCCAGUCAACCCCAUUAGGACCUCCCACACCCUCCAUAAUCCCUAUGGAAGACCCCCCCCCCCAAUUCCCAUCCCAUUCUCCCUAUGGGGCCCCUCCAUUAUCACCCCUCCCCAAGUAUGCCGCUAUUUUGGGGUCUCCUCCGCCCCCCAUUAAUAAAAGUCAAUUCCUGGUGCUGGAUUUUUGCCCUUUUCGGCUUCUUUUUGCCUUCAAAAUGGCGGCGAUUCACUGUUCAUGGUCGGAACCAUCAACUCGGUGCCCUCAGUUUCCAGUCGGACACUAUUUACUGUAGGAUCUAAUUCCACUUCCGGUCUGAGCUUUAAUCCUUUCACUUCCGGUCAAACCUAUCGGUCAGACUUAUCCAACUUCCGGUCUACUCUAUAUUGCGUCACUUCCGGUCCGAUCAGCUCACCCACUUCCGGUCAGACUCACUAUUCACCUCCACUCCCCCACCGGAAGUUCGCAGCCGGAAGUUUCUCUCCAACCGGAAGUUCCACCCCCCAAACCGGAAAUUGAUCAAACCGGAAGCGGAAACGCCGCCAUGAAGCUCCUCACGCACAACCUGCUCACAUCUCACGUCCGCGGCCUACAGCCCGGAGCCGGUUAUCCGUUCCACAUCCGGGCCUCUGAGGUCCGUGUCCGUUCGGUUCCGUUCAACGCGACCUUCGUGGCUCGGCUCAUCCCGAGGCUCCAUUGGGAAACGCUGCUGAGCGCGGCCGAGAGCGUGAGAACCGGAACCGGAAGUGGGGGGGAGGGGGGGAACGCUUAUUAUGGGGGAACCGGAAGUGGGGUGUUCGAGGGGGUGGGGAGGCUAAUUUUGGAGGACCGGAAGUGGUGGUGGUGGGAGGACCGGAAGUGAGGAGCUGGGGUUGAUUUGGGAGUGACCGGAAGUAGUGG